CUGGUACUGAGGCUGGGUCGAACGAUGUAUUAAAUCAUUGCUCGCGCACUAUCACCGGGGCAGAACAACGACGAUUUCAUGGAGCAGCAUCUUGGGUUCCGACUACAGUUCACGCCACGACAUCAAACUCGUCCUCCGUAAUUGAAGAACAACUACAACAAAGCAUAUCAACAAGGCAAUCUCGAUUGUAACGACAAACGAUCAUCACCAUGCCAUGCACACGUCUUCUCGCAAGAGCAUACUACAGCAACUCAAACAGUCCCAACUCGAACAAGACAGCUAUCGUUGUCGGUCUCGUCUGCGGCGUCCUCGCCAUCGGCAUCGGCAUAGUAACCCUCAUCUGCUGCAGCAACCGAAGCACCCGUCACGGCCCCGAGUCCCUCGUUGCACGCUCGCAAGAGCUGCGUCGCGAAAACAACGGAUGGUGGGGCGCAGCUCCACCUCACUACGAGACAGCAACAGAGCGAAGGCGCCGAAAUCUUGAGAUAAGAGCAACUAUGGGCGGCGGGAGUGGAAUCGCAAGAGGAGCGAGAAGCGGAAGGGAUGCAAGAGAGGGAGGGCCAGCACCGCCUGAGUAUCAAACGCCUGCGCCGGCUUGCCGUACGGGACGCCGACAACUAGUGCCUUCACCUCUGCCACAAGAGAAUGAUGCGCCACCGGCUUAUGAACCGCGUGCUGUCUGGCCGACCGGUGUACACGCGCCUUGAAAUUAACUGCUUCUGUCAGGCGUAAAGCAGUUUAGCGAAGGGACACAAGAUCCAUGAGCGUGGGCACCGAGAUACUUAGGGCUUCGUUCGGGCAACAGUUCAACAUGAAAUGCAGAUCAAGCUAGAGAGCAAUUGAUAAGGCAGAAGGCGGAACAAUGCCUGGCACAGACGUGCUGGCAGCGGUACCGAAUAGCGUUGUCGAGCUUUUCGAUAUGCAGAGACAAUUCGCAGGCUGAGGAAGGUGCCAUGGCCACGUACUAAACUGUCAUGAGCGUUCGAGCAAUUCACCGGUGCUCUCAAGACCACGAUGUCUCAUACAACG